AGCGUCGCUUCCGAGACGCGUUGGCAAUUUCCUAAACAGUUUACCCACAGAUGGUUUGACGUUCUGGUGGUGUGUGCGUUACAGUGGAUGUAAGUUACAGUUUGCUAGAAGAAGACUUGCCGAGAAAGCCUACAACCGGACCGUCAUUUGACAUGCCCAGGCUGCCCAGCCAUGGAAACAGAGAUGAUCCCCAAAUUCCCUUCAAAGGACGAAGAAAUUAAUUACUGGAAGUUGCUAUCCCUUAAAUACAAGGAAAGCUGCCAUGACGCCCAGGAGGAGCUUCAGGAGUUCCAGGAGGGCAGUAGAGAGCUGGAGGCUGAGCUAGAGGCCCAGCUGCUCCAGGCGGAGCACCGCCUCCGAGACCUGCAGUCGGAGAACCAGAGGCUGAGGAACGAGGUGGACAACCUCAAGGAGAAGCUGGAGCAGCAGUACUCCCAGAACUACAAGCAGGUGUCGGUCCUGGAGGACGACCUGGGCCAGACGCGCAGCAUCAAGGAGCAGCUGCACAAGUACGUGCGGGAGCUGGAGCAGGCCAACGACGACCUGGAGCGGGCCAAGAGGGCCACCAUCGUGUCUCUGGAGGACUUCGAGGGCCGCCUGAACCAGGCCAUCGAGAGGAACGCCUUCCUGGAGAGUGAGCUGGACGAGAAGGAGUCUAUGCUGGUGUCUGUGCAGCGGCUCAAAGACGAAGCACGAGAUCUGAGGCAGGAACUGGCCGUGAGAGAGCGCACCACGGACAGGAUGUCAGCGCCCAGCUCGCCCACCACCGACAUCCACAAGAUGGAGUCGCCCGUGCAAGCCUCCCUCUCGCUCCCCGGCACGCCCGUGGGCCCGAGCCCCCCUUUCGUCAGCCCUAAAGUGUUAACCAACGGCUGUGGCAACACCGCUCUCACGUCCUCUGCUCGGAUAUCGGCGCUCAGCAUUGUGGGCGACCUUCUACGUAAAGUGGGUUCGUUGGAGUCGAAGCUGGCGGCCUGCAGGAACUACGCGAAGGACCAGCAGGCGAGGAAGAGCUACAACCCCACCAGCAACGGGACGCUGCUGAACAGCAACGCCACCAAGUUCCCCCACUCGCUACACACCACCUACCUCGACAAAACGACUGUGAACGGCUUAGAAUCGCUGACGUCCAUGGCUCCUUCCAGAGCGGUGUCUCCGCCUGGCAUGCUGCCACUCAGCGUGUAAGACCCGCCCAGCACCCCCACCACAGCCCCGCCCUAGACCGGCUCCAACCUUCCCCCCGCAGAAUGAGAAUAGACGGGACGUGUGUGUGUGUGUGUGUGUGUGUGAGUGUGUGAGUGUGAGAGGGGAGGGGGGGCGUGCGCGGACUCUUUUUGAUUGUGCGGUUUAAUCUAAGACACCUUGGAUACACAUGAGUCAAUGCCUCUCUCAGCCAUAGAGGCAUGGCUGAGUAGGUUUGCAAGCUAGUAGUGUGUGUGUGUGUUAACCUCUCCGUACACAGGCAUGCGCCCGUCAGCUGGGCUGCACGCUGUCUGCUCUCUCUCUCUCUCUCUCUCUCUCUCGCUCGACCUCUGCUCUGAAGCAGUUCAAUGAUUAACUUGUUCAUUUUGUUCAUCGAGGAACCUCUACACGCGACAAGGAUCUUAAUUGCAGCUCUCCAAAUGUUUUGGUUCCACUUACUUUCACUUUAAUUGCACAGUUUAAACUCAUUUCAAUUUAGAAUGUAUUCAUGAAGGGUUAUGUUCAGAGUUUAUCAUAUAAUAUCUAAGUGAGCGUUGCGAUUUAUUCUUGUCUGUGUUCCCUAACAAGCCAGCCGGUACAUACGUUAAAUGACCGAACGGUUGGAACUCAUGUAGCGACAGCACACUCAUGGGUCGUUUCUACUGGAUGGGGCCUGGAUGGUGAUGUUCAGAUAUGUGCUGGUUCUGUAUUAGGAGGGAUCUCUCACAAUGUUUCUUUGCUCAAGUUUUGUUUUCUCUAUGGUUGGCCAUUGACGUUUCAGGGAGCAGUUUUUUGGUUAUGCCGUGUGUUGGUUUGUGGGCCUGCUCACUCUAUUCUGUAAGCCUGACUAACAGGAUAUGUUAAGCAAGCGUUUAACAUUUCAUUCGUUGUACCGUUUUCUAUACUGUCUUGACAAACCGUAAGUUCACUGUAAUACCUCUCCUGGCUUGUUCCGUUGAUGCUGCCUUCAGUUUACAUCCGCAAGCUAGAUUUAAAUCCUGUUCUCAUUUUCUGAAAAUGCAAAACGUUAACUUGCCCUUAGCGGAAAGUGAGUGCUAACAUUUCCACAUUUUGGAACGAAGACUGAAAGGCUCCAGAUGGACCCGUUGGUAUGGCUCCAUGUAAAGACUGCUAACCGGUUGUCUUGGGCUGUAUGCCUGUCACAUAUGUAUAUACUGACCUUUGCUAUUUAGCUCCUAUUUAUUUCUGUUACUGAAUUGCAUGUUUGAAACAUUUCUUCUGAAUUUAACUUUUUGCACAGUGGUCAGAUGUUAUAUUCUAGGCUUGUUUGUCAAAUGUUUGUCUAAUUUGGUUAAAUAAAGUUUUGAGAACAUA